AUGUUGAACGAAUUUCAAAUAGAACUUAUUAAAUGCAUAGAAUCUGGAUCACUUGAAGGUGUUAAAAAGCUUGUUCUUGGUAAAUUUGAUAUUGAUAAGCCAUUGAUUCCAAAUUUAGAAAUUCCAGUUAAGAUUCCUUCACAGCGUAUCCCAUUUCCUUUUGUUCGUGGUCCAACACCAUUGGUCUUUUCUAUUCUUUACCAAAGAACAGAUAUAUUUAAAUACUUUCUUAUAGAGAAGAAUGCUAGUUUAGAUGUAAAGGUGAAUGGACUUUAUCCAAUUCAUUACGCAUGCGCAGUUGGUAAAUUAGAUAUUAUGCAAAUUAUACUAGGAACUGAAAAAGGCCGUUCUCAAGUUAACCUACCGAAUGACUAUUUCUAUACUCCUCUUCACUUAGCCGCUGCAAAUUCUAAUCUCCAAGUAGUACUUUUACUUCUUUCUUAUGGAUCUCAAGUUAAUCUGAGCGCAUCCACUCAAAAGCCCGAGACAAAGAAUAGCCCACUUCACGUUGCCAUGUGCAACACUGAUACUCAAGUAGUGGAAGCCCUUCUUUCAAAAGGAGCCGAUCUAAAUGCACUAAAUGCUGAAAAUGAGACUCCAAUGAAAACCGCUGAGUUCUUCCAUAAUGAGCAAAUGGUUAAAUUCUUACAGAAUUAUCAGAAUGGCACUACUACAAUUAGAUCAUUCGAAAUAUUAUGUAAAGAGUACUUAGACGAAAACACAGAGAGUAACGAAUCCGAGAAAAUUAAGCAAAUGGCGGAACAAAUUCGUAUACUUAAGUCUAAGAUAGAAAAUCUAGAAGCAAUGAAGCAAUAA